AUGACAUACGAGAAGGCACUUCCCUCAAGGCGGGCUCCGUCCCCGCGGCGACUCGCACGCUACUUCGGUACCAGCAGACGAUUCAGACUUCUCUGCGCCUUCGCUGUUGUCGGCUAUGUGCUGCUAUCCACAAGCAUCGAGUUGUGGGGAACCUACUGGAGUAAUGCACCCACAGACUUCGAUCGCCGUACCUCUCCGACUACGAGUCCCUCAUUACCCCUGCCGGAGCACCCCGCGCGCCGCCUCGUUCAAACCGCGAAGGGCGUGAACAUAGGCGACCGAUACAGCUACCUGAAGCCGCUCAGCGCUGGUUGCGAGGGCGACACUGCCAUCUACCGGGAUGAAGAGACGGGUAGCGAUGUCGUUAUAAAGAGCUUCAGAACGCAGCUGCGCAAUCGCCUUCCGGAGUACACGCGGAGGACAUUCGCAGGCAGCAUCGGCAACUGGCCAGCCGAGAUACCUGCCACACUGCUGCUGGGCGGCAUGAUGAACGUCACCUCGGAGAGCAACAUGACGGGGACAGUCGAUGUAUCAUUCAAGUCGGACUUCAUUCCGGCUGUUGAUUAUUUCUUGAUCGUUAGCAGCGAGAGCGGUGCUCCAGUCUCGCCUACAUGGCGCCUAGUAACCCCGUUUAUACGAGGCGGAACUCUCCAAACGCUUGUUUCAAAAUUGAGGGAGGAAAGACCACAACAGCCACAUGAGCUGGAUGCCUUCCUACGACCAGCAUUCAAUCGGCUGCUCACUGCUCUAAGAGACCUCCACGCCAAGGAACUGUGCCACGACGACAUCAAAAUCGACAACAUUUUCACGAUCGACCAAACCCAAUGGCUGAUUGGGGAUCUCGGCAGGGUCCGCGAAGUCCAGCAUCCAUACCACUACACCCACAAAUGGCAGAGCAUGAACCAGUGGUCCGAGUGCCGCCUCAACGACGUACGCCGCAUGUUGAAAACGUAUCUGAGUGUUUUACGCACGGCCGCUGCAGACGCUGAUCGUUUUGACGCGGACUUUUACGCUGAGCGCCAGCCGUGGAGCAAACUCUACUGGGAUUUUAUGAGACGCCCUGCCCUCGCCGGUGAGCUGCUGGGCCGGUCCUCGAAUAGCUCUGUGGAUCUCGCUCCAGAUUCAGCGAUGGAGGCAUCCGCAACAGUCAAACCAGACGUGUCCAUGCAGACAGGCAAGGCUCGGGAAGCACUUCGAUUAGCUGUUGAUCGGGAAUUGAAGUGCACAAGAAUCCCAUGGAGGUUGAGGAAAUGGUGGCUUUGGGGGGGCUUCAUGCCGAAGUACCGCCUGGAGAAGAAUCUUCACGUAGCCAAGGCCAAGUUCGAAGACUGA